AAGAGAGAAAGGCCAUCGCUAUCAGCAUCAAUCAUAGAGAGAGUCAAAAUGGAAGCGCUUCACAAAGCUUUAGUGCAAGAAGUCGAAAAAUACAAGGCUGUUCAGAAAGACUUCCAGAAGACAUACAGCUUGCGGCAAAAGCUGGACUCCCAGUUGAAUGAGAACACUGUUGUCAAAGAGGAGCUGGCUCUUCUAGAAGCUGAUGCAGGGGUUUACAAGUUAAUUGGCCCUGUACUGAUAAAGCAGGGGCUUGAAGACGCCAAACAAAAUGUUGAAAAAAGACUGGAUUACAUCAGCACAGAACUGAAAAGGCAUGAUUCCCUGCUUCAGGAGUUAGAGAAGAAGCAAGAUGCCCAGAGGGACACCAUCCACAAGUUGGAACAACAAAUCCAGCAAUCCAAGGCAAAAGCACCUGGAAAGAUGUGAAUACCUCAAACAUGUCUAAAUUGUUCUGCUUAUAAAACUAAUACAAAGCUGGUUUCUCUAGA